AUGCACACAUGGCUUUUUCUGACACUUUACUCGAUGAGUGGGUCAGAAGACGUUUCGCCGUAAUUAAAUGACACGCAAAGAGAAAAGCAAUUAUACUGUGGACUAAUUCACCGCCAUGAAAGAGCAGGAGCUUCCCAGAUAAAAGCGCAAAACUACAGGCCAUUGAAAAGGUUACGCAGGUUAUGUUUUUAAAUGGCGAAUAACCGCACCUCCUUUUCCAUUCACAACAUAUUAAACACAGGACUUGAUUGCGAGAAAAUUAGCGGUCUUUCUGAGGAAUGCGCAGAUGAGCGCGUUCACGGAGAGAGAGAGGCGCGGGAUUGUUCGAGCUCAUCUCUGCCGGUGAACGCUGGAGCUGAGAGCGCGCAGAGGCGCAUCUCUUCCUGUGCGCUCGAGCUUGACUCCUCAUCCUCUGAGCAGCACUCAUGUGAGGAAGAAUCAACGGGAGGAGAAGACAAUUCACUCGAAAUACCACACGAUCACGACACAGACCAACAGAAAUCACAGAGCUGCAACUUUGAAGAUAACAACCCCAAAUCGAGCAAAAAGAGGUCACGGGCAGCGUUUUCUCAUGCACAAGUAUAUGAGCUGGAGCGGCGCUUUAACCUGCAGCGGUACCUGUCCGGCCCAGAGCGGGCCGACCUGGCAGGAGCACUCAAACUGACCGAGACACAGGUGAAGAUCUGGUUCCAGAACAGGAGAUACAAAACUAAGCGCAGACAAAUGGCAGCCGAGCUUGCGACAACUCCUACGACAACACUGGCUAAGAGAGUGGCAGUGAAAGUCCUGGUGAGAAACGACCAGAGGCAAUACAACACUGAAGAGCAGCCCAGUCCGUCUGUUCCUCCAUUAUACCAGUCAUUCCCUUACUAUCCUUACAUGCUCUGCUUCCAGCCGUGGAACUCAGGCAACUCUUUAAGUGGUGGCCUGUACUGAUUUACUGGAGUUAUAGCAUCAUGUGGAAACUGAUUGUGGAGACACAAACAUACAGCCACAAACACAGUUCAUUUAUGCAGAAGAGAACAGAGUAAACAAAACUGUCAUUUCUCCAUGGAUUAAAAAUGCAGCAAGUAUAAAACAAAAAACUAUAUAAUGACUAUGAAGCCAAAAAAGGAAUAUGAUUUACUGAUGUUCACUAUCUAUCAUUUCAAUAACGAUCAGUAAGCCAAAGCAUAGACAAUUCACUCAAAAGACAUUCUCUCAUUUGUUGUCAUAUCUGUCCUUUUUUAAUGUUGUACAGUUAUGUAUUUGGACAAGUAAUGCACACUUAAAAUCAAUGAACUGUCUUGCUUUAGAUAACAAAAUAUUAAACCAAAAAGUGUUUAAAAAUAUAUAUAUGCUUAGUAGAAGUUUCCCAUUUCCCAAAGUGUCUAAUUAGUUUUUAUUGUAUAAUUUAAAAGCUUCCAUUUGUAAAAUGUUUUGCAUGACCGUGCUAUUAAACCAUUCAGUUUAAUAUUUGUUAUCUAGUGCAAAGGCAUCCAUGCAUUUGUAAGUGUGGCAUAAGUGUUCAAAAACUGUAGGUCCACUGUAAAUGCUUUGAUGUCGAGUGUGUUUAGCAAUGUUGAGGAGUUUUUCUGUUAGCAUUUGUCACUGAUUAAAGUUCUUGUUUAUUUCAAUCACCUUGGAAAAUACACUCUAUAGUGCAUUACAUCAUAGAAUGUGCAAUUCAUUCCCUAAAUCCAGCCUCAAAAACGCUGCCUUGAACAGAAAAUACAGGUUGAAGAAAGGUAAAGCAGGUUUUAGAAAAAAAAGGAAAUGAGCUAUCAUUUGUCUCGAGACAAACUAUAACCGCAAAAGCACAAAGCUUGAAGUGGGUUUGUCAACACAACAUACAAAGAUUAAUGCCUUAAAGGAAGUAAUUUAAGAGGAUGAACUGAUCAAAAGAUUCUUAUUAAAUAAUUACUUGACCGGUGACAGACAAACAUACAGAUAAAAGCCAAUGAAAACACCAUAUGUAACAUUAAAGUAUUAAUUCAAUACAAUUUUAGAUCAACCCACACCAAAAUGUAUUAUUGAAAUUAAAUAUUAAAUGAAGUAUGCUCAAAGCGAGUCAAUAUAGGAUUAGAAGUAUCACAUUAUCUAUAAUCUGCCCCGUCUCUGACCUCGCAUGCAAGACUGCGCCGUACAUUUUCAUAAAGAACAACAGAGACGGACAGACUGUUUUGAAAAGUCUGCAGACCUGUGUUUGAGAAGGACAGUAUCACCGUGAGGUCAAACACGUUUACAAACGAAGUGCUGUUUACAUGCCAAAUCACAUGGUUUGUAAAAGGGUAUGAGAUAA